AUGUAUCGCAUACUUCAAGCUUCCGCAGCCCUACUCGCUACUCUCCCAUCCGUUAUCGCAGGUACUUGCUAUGCUGUCGGUUAUGUCAACACGAACACAGCAGGUGGCGGAAUAGGCGGCGGCGCCGUCUCAACCGUCAUGGGAAUCCAACUCUAUGACCCGGACAACCGACAAAUUGCAUGGUGGCAGCCGCGCCUCAACUCCGACGACCCCAGCGUCUGUGGAGAUUUCGUCGCUGUUGAAACGGGCAACCUAACUCAGGUUUUUGAAUGGGGUGCCACUUGUGCGCCUGGUUUCACUGAGUGCCACGGUGCCUAUGGGGACCAAACUCAUAUCGACGGCGAGUCUCCUCAGGGGUCUACUGACUAUUAUGGUCUUGGAGUCUCGGCUGAUUCGGAAUGCCGAGUCAACUUUGAAUGCUAG